CUCCACUUUGGCACGCACACACUGCCACACACAGAAACCAUAUAUAAUAGUUAUUUUUUUUAAUACAUUUUCUAUUUCUAAUGGAUUCUGCAGCAGACGAGGACAAGGACCCAGACAUCGAGCUGUUUGUGAAGGCUGGCAGCGAUGGGGAGAGCAUUGGAAACUGUCCAUUUUCACAGCGCCUGUUCAUGGUCCUGUGGCUGAAAGGUGUGGUCUUCAAUGUUACCACAGUUGAUCUCAAAAGGAGACCCGCAGACCUUCACAACUUGGCCCCUGGCACCCACCCUCCUUUCCUCACCUUUCAGGGUGAGGUCCUGACGGAUGUCAACAAGAUAGAGGAGUACCUGGAGGAGAAGUUGAGUCCACCCAAGUAUCCCAAACUCACCGCAAAGAACCGUGAAUCCAACACAGCAGGCAAUGACAUAUUUUCCAAGUUCUCUGCGUACGUCAAAAACACCAGACCAGAUCAAAACCGAGCUCUUGAGCAGAGUCUAAACAAAGCCCUGGCUAAGCUUGACAAAUACAUGAUCAAUCCGUUGCCAUCGGAAAUUCAGAUGGGGCACCAUGUUGCACUCGGAGAGUCCACUCGGAAGUAUCUUGAUGGGGAUGAAUUGACUCUGGCUGACUGCAACCUUCUGCCAAAACUCCAUGUUGUCAAGGUGGUGGCGAAAAAGUUCCGCAAAUAUGACAUCCCGUCCGACUUCAGAGGUGUGUGGCGUUACUUAGGCAAUGCCUACAGCCGUGACGAGUUCACCAACACUUGUGCUGCUGACGUGGAAAUUGAGUUGGCAUACAAGGAUGUAGCAAAAAGACUUGGGAAGUAAAUCCCCCUGCUACAUUGGCAGUGGCUGCUUACAGUAUCUAAACACUUCAAGAACUACUGCCACAAUUCCAGAGGGAAACACACUUAUCCCACAAUUAUACCGGACUAAGUGAAAGACAUUUGAUGCAGAUUCCGAAUGUUGACACAAGGUUUAUAGAACCUGUUUGUUUGCAGUUUGCAGUUUUCUUCUUGACUUCAACUUGACUGUUUAUCAGUAGCCUCCCAGAAAGAGACAAAUAACUUCUCAUCUUACCUCCACUGCAAUCCUUCCUGCUUUAAACAUGUCGUUGAACCUUCAAAAUGUCAAAUGCAUUGUUUAUGAACUGUUAUUUUCUUUCUGUUUUUUUUUUAAUGCUUCCAUAUCUGGCCUCUGCGCAUGAAUUGCACUUGACGCAUUUGAAUCAUGGAACUGACCUCACCUGUUUUACCACCAGUUCCAAUUAACCUGCUGUUGUAUUUUUGAUUCACACUAAAGUCUCACCCCAGCAUUGCAAUUGACAAAAUGUUUCAACUUUUGAAACAAAGCAAACCCAUUUCCAUAAACAAUCAAAGUUUGUUCUGCAAAAAGCAAGUUCAUUGCGUUUUACUGCUCACUGACAAUCCUGAAUGUAAUUUUAUCUCUGGUGCCCUUUUCAAACGUCUUGGUAAAUG